ACAAAUACCAAUCUCAGUUUGGUGCUGGAAAUCAGACUUUCUCAUAUUAUCAUGAAGAGGAUGAAACCUCAUUUCAGCUUGUUGACACGUCCCGACCUCAACGACCAGCUUACUUGAAGAACAGGAAUAGGGUAAACAUGAGAGGAAGAAACAGAGACCAGAGAGGUGGUCGUUAUGGGAACCAGCGAUUUGACAAUAAUCAGUCUGGUGGUAUGCAAAACUUGAUGAGAGGGCGCGAUAAUCGCAAUAAAUUCCAGCGCAGAAUGCAGAGGAACUAUGGCGGUGGACGAUGGGGAGACAGAAAACAGGGGGGUCUUCACAAGAGAGUGUCAUCUGUGGCUGUAAGAGAAGAAUGGAAGAUUUUAGAAGAUGGAGAACUGGACUUCCCAAGACUGACCAAACUAAGUCUUCCAAAUGUUGGUGAACCUGAAGACUUGUAUGUUUGUGGUAAUCUGCAGUACUAUGAUAAGACAAUGGAUCGUAUUACAACCAAGAAUGAGCUUCCACUUGUUGGGGUGGACAGGAUAUUUCAUAAAGUUACAACAACUGAUGAUCCUAUCAUUAGCAAACUAUUAUCACAAGGAAAUGUCUUUGCUACUGACACAAUCAUGGCUACAUUGAUGACGUGUACUCGCUCUGUGUAUUCCUGGGACAUUGUUGUGCAGCGAGUUGGAUCUAAGCUGUUCUUUGACAAGCGUGAUGACUCAGAAUUUGAUUUGUUGUCAGUGUGUGAGACAGCUAAUGAUUUGAAUAUUGAUGAAGGAAGUGGGAUCAAUACUCCAACCAAUCUUUCCCUGGAAGCCACUUUUAUCAAUCAAAACUUUUCGCAGCAAACKCUAAAGAAAAAGAUAAUGAGUUUUGACAAAACAAACCCUUUUGUUACCGAAGAAGACAAAGAAAGAGUGGCUUCUGUAGCAUACAGGUAUCGUAAAUGGGACCUUGGUGAUGGUAAUGCUGUCAUUGUGAGGUGUGAACAUGAUGCAGUCAUGCAUGGACCUAAAGGAGAAGAGGCUUUGAUUAACAUUAAAACACUCAAUGAAUGGGAUUCCAAGAUUGUUGGUGUAGACUGGCGUCAAAAACUAGAUUCACAACGUGGCGCUGUUCUUGCAACAGAACUAAAGAACAAUAGCUGCAAGUUAGCCAAAUGGACUGUCUCUUCUAUCCUAGCUGGGUCAGACUACCUCAAACUUGGGUAUGUGUCGCGUGUGAACUUCCUGGACUCCUCCAAACAUGUUGUCUUAGGCACCCAACAAUUCCGUCCCAAAGAAUUUUCAACUCAGAUUGCUUUGAAUAUGGACAAUGCAUGGGGAAUCUUCCGUUGUAUUGUGGACAUUUGUUUGAAGCUUCCUGAAGGAAAAUACAUCAUCGUCAAAGAUCCUCAAAAGGGUAUUGUUCGUAUUUAUGACAUCCCAAACAGUACAUUUGAAAGCAGUGAUGAAGAUGGUGAUGAUGAGGAUGAAGAAGAUGAUGAGGAUGAAAAAGAUGAUGACUAAACCUCAUUGUUUUCACUGGAUACUGAUGAUAAAAGUAAUGUUAUUGGAUUACGCCAGAACUGUAAACAACAGCUAAUUACCUAUAAACCUUCUCUUUCCCUCUUGAAAAACUUAUAGAACAGCCUUGCACAGUACAGACACUACUUAGAUCAUUAAUUCCAUUGAUUUGCUUAGUGUGGCCUGUGUAGCUGGUCCUCAAACUAUGCAGACCAUCUUUAGCAACACUCAUACAUAUACAUCAGCUGUCCACAAAAAGCAAUGUCAGUUAUUGUCAAUUUUGAAACAUUAAAUUCUCAAAUCUUAA